GAGUUGUCAGUGUUAUAUAGUGGUACAAAGAUUACGGAGGUACCAACGCAGCCCGUUGAUGAAUAACAAAAUGAAGAUUCUUCUAUUUUUCAUUGCGCUUAUCGGAGUGGUUUUCGCUGAUUUGGCGAGGUUCGCCAAGUGUGGUAAAAGAUAUUCAGAUGAUAUAUGUGAGGUGACAGAAGUUCGGAUAAAUCCAUGCAAAGAUGGCCGGUUCUGCAGACUGACGAAAGGUGAAGAAUCGAGCAUCGAGUUUGAUUUUAUCCCAAAGUUCAACGCAAGCAAUUUGACCACGGGCCUGUACUGGGCGGCACUGAAACGCGACGUGCCAUUCGUUGACUUUCCGGAGGUGAACGCCUGCCUGCUUACCAGCUGCCCGACGGUCGCGGGCUCCAAACAGCAGCUCUCAUACACUACGCGUCUCAGCGAGACACUACCUACAGGCAGAUGGACGUUUAAAUGGAAAUUGUGGAGCUCGGAGGACAAGAAGAAAGUGUGUUGCUUCAAAACCGAGGUUUCCCUCGCAUUAAAGACGACUAACACUGUCAUAUAAAUAGAUACAUACUUAAAAUGUAGUAAAAAAGUUUAGAUAAAAACGUAGUACGAGUAUAAUAAUAGAAAUUAUGUAUUACAAAAAAAA